UCUAUCAAGAGGACCGUGGACCAAGCUCCCUUUAACCCUUUCCGUGUUGUUGUCAUUACAUAAUCUUACUUUUUUCUUUUUAAACGAUUUAAACACAGAUAAUACACUUACAGAGAUGUUAAUGUAACACACAAAAAUAUUAAUAUCACAAAAAUGAUUCGGUGUGGAGUCCUGACAGUGAGUGAUCGGUGUUCUGCUGGGGGAGCUGAAGACAAAAGUGGUCCGGCCUUAAUCAAGCUGCUGGAAGGUCAAAAGAAACACCAGUACACAAUCGAACAGGCGACAGUUAUCCCAGACGAAAAGAGUCAAAUCGAAGCAGUUCUCAAGCAUUGGUCGGACGAUUUACACCUUGAUUUGGUUUUAACCACUGGAGGCACUGGAUUUGCUCCUCGUGAUGUUACACCAGAGGCCACCAAGUCCGUGCUGGACUCGGAGGCGCCUGGAAUCGUGAUUGCCAUGAUGACAGCCAGCCUCAGCAUCACUCCAAUGGCCAUGCUCUCUCGAUCAGUCGCAGGAGUCAGGGGACAAACCCUGAUCGUUAACCUGCCAGGAAGUCCUAAAGGCGCCUCAGAAAAUGCGGAAACUGCCUUGAGAGCAAUUCCGCAUGCAGUAGCACUUCUUAAGGGAGACAUCAAGAAUGUUGAAAAGGUGCACCAAAAGCUGCACUGUGGCUGCAGUCACGAGCCUGAACAUGUUGGAGAUAUUACCAAAGUUGCACACCGACCUCGCAAGUCCCCGUAUCCAAUGAUAAGCGUCAACGCAGCUCUAAAAAUAAUUUACACCGAAGUUGAGUCUCUCCAAAAAGCUUACAAGAUGCCUAUUCAUUUAGCGCUGGGCUGUAUUGCGGCGGAAGAUGCCGUUUCUCUUUGCAACAUUCCUCCGUAUGCAGCGUCAGUCAAGGAUGGCUACGCUGUCCUGAGCGCUGAUGGGGCUGGUGAGCGACAAGUGGUUGGUGAUGUGCUUGCAGGAGGCAAUCUUCAGAUGAAAUUGUUUCAACCAGGCGAGUGUUUAAGAAUUACCACGGGAGCAGCUGUUUGUGGUGGAGCAGAUGCUGUUGUUCAGGUGGAAGACACAGAGCUGCUUCUGUCCACGCCUGACGGUAGAGAGGAGCUGAAAAUAAACAUCAUUGAUGCGCCUCAAAAAGGCCAAGAUAUAAGGCCAGUUGGAAGCGACCUUGCAAUCGGACAGGUUGUGGUUGAGAGGGGAAACGAAAUCGGACCUGCGCAGGUUGGCGCCCUCGCUUCAGCCGGCGUGAAGACAAUAUUGACUUACAAGCGGCCCAAGAUUGCCGUGCUCUCCACAGGGAAUGAAAUUCAAGAUAUUUCAUCUCCCUCGCCUGGUCCAUUUGUCAUUUACGACUCAAACCGACCCACUCUGAUCGCCUUAUUAACCCAGCAAGGAUUCCAAGUUGAAGAUUUGGGAAUCGCUAAAGACGACCCAGACGCGAUCGCCGAAACCCUGAAAAAAGGUUUCGCCAGUGCCGACGUGGUGGUCAGCUCAGGAGGCGUGUCCAUGGGCGAGAAGGACUUCCUGAAACACAUUUUAAUCACCAAAUUCCUGGCCAAGAUUCACUUUGGUAGAGUUAACAUGAAGCCAGGCAAACCAACAACAUUCGCCACCUGCGACUUCAAAGGCCAGAAGAAACUGGUAUUCGCCCUGCCAGGAAACCCAGUCUCCGCUACUGUCACCUGCCACCUGUUCGCCCUGCCAGCCUUGAGGGUCAUGGCCGGCUUCAGCAGUGGUUAUUCCAGAGAAAUCACUGUCCAACUCGCAGAAACCAUCACCCUCGACUCCAGGCCCGAAUACUGCCGAGCAGUCCUCGAGAGGGCACCGGUGCCAACAAAAAGCGUGCCGGUGGCCCAUUUAACUGGAAAUCAAAUGAGCAGCCGACUGCUCAGCCUGCAGAGUGGCAGUGUUCUGAUUGAGCUGCCUGGAGGAACAAAAGAAAAGGGAACGCUGCAGAGAGGAGAACUGGUUAAAGCGCUGCUUAUCUAGUGAUGUUGAAAUUGGCACAAGUAGGAGGGCUAGUGAAUUUAGAAUGAUUUUAUUUUUGUAAUCUGGUUCAAUAAAUGAAUUAUUUUUCUACAAGA